AUGCCCGGUCCGGCCGCGUCACCCGACCACAUGCAGGCUCGGAGCUGCACAGGUGGCGAGGCGCCGGCCGUGGCGCAACGGGCGACCGGCGGGCCACGGCACGAUGAAGUGGCCGCAGCCGGACCACAUCUUUCUGGCGCCUGCACAAAGAAAAGGGAAGAACCGGCCAUAUGUGCCAACUGUAGGGGCAACCAUCCAGCCUCCUUCAGGGGCUGCCCAGAAAGAUUGAAGAUCGUCCAGUUGUGGAAGCGCCAGCGAGUAUCAGCUCCCAAAAGGCAGGAACCACCUCCUAGGGGGCCCCUGAGAAACCCCAACCCACCUCCAGCGCCACCCAUGGAAGAAGUAAACCCCCCACCAUCCCCAACACCAGCUAGAGCAGAAACAACAAGCAAAAGAAUGCAGACCUAUCGAGACCCCCAGGACAGGAGACGCAUGAACCAAAUGGCCCAUGAAAUACAGACCAGGCUGAAACUCAUGAGAUGUUACAGGUGGGAACAAAGUCCUCAGGCAGCUGAAAGUAAUCCUGAAAGUUCUGACGGAUAA